GACGCCGAGCUCGUGAAGAGGCGUGGUACAUGGGUCUCUGGAAAGCUGAUGGAGAUUUAUUGGCAGGAGGUCGCGGUUAGCAAGCUGUUGCAGCUGCCAAGCGGCCACGCAUCCGAACAAGGAGCGUUGAUUGGGAGCAAUGGGUUGCAGCGGGCAAAAUGUGUCUGGGACGCGCAGGCAGAAGAGGUUGAUGAAGAUCCCGUUUGCCGGAUUCUUCGAGCUCCUGAUGCCUUUGCGGUGUUGGGCAUUGGUGAGAACGGUCCAGAUCCGGCAGAAGCAAAAGCCACGUACAAGCGGCUGGCUCUGCGGGUGCAUCCGGACAAGGUCAGGAACGGCAGUGCAAGUGACGCAAAGGCAGCUUUUUCUCGGCUUGAUGCCGCUGCCAAGAUCGUGGAGGCCUUGUCUGAGCACCACAUAGAUGCCUGCCGCGAGCUUCGCCGAGUCUUGCGAUGGGAUCCGCUGACUGUUAAGGGGGCCUGCCAGCUUCUUCAGGUGGAGCUCGAGUCGGAUGAGGCUCAAGUGAACAAGGCCAAAGAUACCUUGAAACACAAGCUUGCCAAAGCGCAGCUUCCUGAAGCACUUUCUGAAGUUCAGAAGGGCCUUGAUGCCUGUGCUACAGCGGCCCAAACUCUUCGCAUUGCUCGGCAAGUUGGCCCCUCUUCAAGCGAACGACUGGUCCUAGAAGGAGUACCAUUGGGAAGUUUGACAGCCAUUGGACUUCGUGACCUUCGUGACAUUGGUGGAAAUCUGCAGGUGCGGACUGCAUCAUACAGGGCCGGCGAGGAUGUCCGUGUGGCACUGUGUUGUGGCGCAACUGCUCAGCUUACCCUCAAGGACUUGGAGGAGCCAGCAGCCCUAUGCCGUUGGCAGCCCAAAGCGGUUGCUCUCCAAUGGGCUACGAAGGCCAUGUCGCUGCCUCGAUCGGAGUCGUCAGCUUGCAGCAUCUGCAUCUGCAUACGUGAGCGGGAGGACGAGGAUGAGGUUGCGGAGGAUCCCUCUGCACGUCCUGCCAAGAGGCAUAAGGGCGCUGUCGGUCCACGUUCAGUUCGCCUGCGGCACCUCCUGCUGCGAUGUGCAGAGCCUGGAAAGAUGCUUCCAGAAGACCCAAUGGCCCGGCGUGCCCGGGCAAAGACGCAGCAGAAUCGGACCCCCGCUGAAGCAGAGGCAGAACUUGUGGACCAGGCCUUGGAUGCCUUGAGCGAAAUUGUCGCAGAGAGCGGAAGUGGAUGCAGACCCGGAUCCGAGCCCGAGCGGGAACGAGAGAGUGGAUACACUGCGCUGCACUACGCCGCGCAGUACGGUAUGCUCCGCUUGGCAGCCGCUCUUCUCGACACCGGGGCGCCAAUGAACAGUCAAACGAAGGAUCUUUUUUUACAAAAUGUCGUCGUUCAAGCUGGUGGUCAGACACCCUUGCAUCUGGCGGCUCGUUUUGGAGAGGAGGAGGUGGUGAAACUUCUCGUGUCAAGGAGAGCAGAUGUUUCUGCAACAGACGUAGAUGGUUUUGCAGCCGUGGAGAUCGCGAGGCUACAUAAUCGCAACAGCAUUUGUGAGAUCUUGGGCGUGAGCCCUUGUUUGUUAGACAAGGAGGAUCUUGGUAAUCGGGCUGCAAAGGCUGUAGAAGCUGGAAAAAUUCGGGCUGCCCAGCACUUGGAAGUUCCUGCCAAUUUGCGAGAGGUUUACACGCUCAAAGCAGUUUGGUCACCGCUGGAGUGUGACUACGUUCUAGAUGCUGUUAAAGCUGCUGUGAAGACAUCGUCCGGCUGGACAACCGAAAGGCAUGCAGCCUACGCUACCACGGACAUGCCUUGCAGUCUCAUCCCUGAGAUCGACGCCUGGGUCAGAGGGUCUUUAGCAGAAACGGUGCUGCCGGAGCUUGCCAAGCGCCAUGGCUGGGGUGAUGGGUCCGGAUCAUGUCUCUACUUCAGAGAUCUCUUCUUCGUUCAGUACUCUGUGCAAGGUCAAGCGGGCUUGGCUUUGCAUCGUGAUGGUUCGAUUAUCUCCUUCAACAUAUUGCUGAACAGCGCGCAAGAUUUUGAAGGUGGUGGCACCUACGUGGAAGCGGAUGAAUGUAGCACAGAGGUGCUGAUAUGUAUGCAGGGAGCUGCAGGAUAUAUUAUUGUGGGCUUCGUCGACCUGGAUGAGGCCGUUCUUCGCAGCCUUCUGGCUAUGGACACGGAUGUGAAUGGAGCUGACCCGGAUGCACAGAGGAGUUCUGCUUUCCGGAAACUUUGUCAACAGCGGUCAGAGUGCUCUUCAGCAGACAAUGCCGGGCAGCUGUGUGGUGAUUUGGGCUGGGUAUCAAGGGGCCAGUGUGAGCCUGCGUUUGAGCAGGCAGCGUUUACUCUUCGCAAGGCCGAGUUCAGCGACGUGGUGACGACGUCUCGGGGCGUUCACUUGAUCCAGAGGAUUGCUUAA